AGUCCGUCCAGUCCAGUAGCAAAGUCGCGAGAAGCAGUAACGAUCGGUUCAGCUUCAAUCAACUUUAGGACGGGCACCCGUGAGUUUUUUUAGUUUCUGUUUCGGAUCAAUUGCAGAGUUUGAGGAGGGCCUUAAACGGGGAGCCGUUUGAAGAAGCGAACCUCGAAACAAAAAAGCAUAAAAACCGGUUCACUCCCCGUCGACGCGCUUCCAUUCAUUGGAGUUGAUUAGACCGAAGUCCCUUCGCCGAAAAUAAACUGGUAAUAGGUAUCGAAGGUCUGACUGCCGAUUGAAGAGUUCCGCUGAAGGGACCGAGAACAAUUUUGGGGACAAAUUUUCGACUGGCCCCUUAAUUGGAUUAGUGUAGUUUGAAAUGAUCCCGCGCGCACGGAAAUAGCCUAUUUCAAGUGAACAUAAUCGACAACAUUACAGAAACAACGAGAGCGAUCGCGGUGCGCGAUCGUGGAUUUUCGAGCUGAGUGUGGAUUUUUCAAACUCGCCUUAUCAGUUUCAGGAGGCAGCUGGAGGUUGUGUUUUGUAAAAGUGUUACCUCGGCCUGGUGUGAUUACUACGGGGAGAUUACGGCAGAACGCUAACAACAAGCUGUUAACAAAACGAUCUCUGGGAAUUUGUGUGUGUGAUGAUGCGGAGCGACGAUCACUUUUAUCAGCAAGGUUGAUCCAGUGAGAAGCAAAAAGGAACACAGAAAAAGGUGUUUAUCGGUUGGGUGUGUGAUCUUGUUUCGAAAUUGGAUUUUUUAUGAUGGUGUCCUUGAAAGUUCAUCGGCCAUGGCCAAGCGCAAGGAUCGGUGUGAUUUUAACGGGUUUCGUGCUAUUGACUGGGGUCUGGGGAGUUCAACGUAAAUUCAGCGUCGACGAGCUGUUACAAGUAACGUUCCCGAUGGCCAUCUCCGGUGACAUCGACAUGGAUCCCUGCAAAUCUGGAGGGUUCAUGGGGGACAUUGCACUGCCAAAUAUAAACUACGAAAGUGAGUUCCACAAGCAAAGACUGAAAGAAGAUGAGCUACUUCAGAACAACGAAGAUGAGAUUAAUACAGAGUUAGGAAAAUUAAAUCAAAUGAAAACGAAGAAAAAUACUCGAAGCAAAAAGUUUCGGAAACACAGAACAUCAAAAACUAGGCACGAUCGCGGAAAAGAUCUUUUAAAAAGCGAACUCGGAAGUCCAACAACUACUAGUCUGGAUCCGGCAGUUUCACACAGUUCAAACCACCAUCGAAAAUCAUUUAAUCAAAAAACCCCUCUCAAAGUGCGCCGAUCUCAUCGAAGGAGAAAACCGAAAACGCACCAUCGAUCGACACGUGCAGCAACCGCCAAAAAAGAGCGAAUCUGGGACUUUGGUGUGAUCCCGUACGAAAUCGAUGGCAACUUCAGCGGAAUGCACAAGGCCCUAUUCAAGCAGGCGAUGCGUCACUGGGAAAACUACACCUGUAUCAAGUUUGUCGAACGGGAUCCCCUGGAGCAUCCGAACUUCAUCGUCUUCACCGAACGGCCUUGUGGUUGCUGCUCGUUCGUAGGCAAACGCGGCAACGGACCGCAGGCGAUCUCCAUCGGGAAAAAUUGCGACAAAUUCGGCAUCGUGGUGCACGAGCUGGGGCACGUUGUCGGUUUCUGGCACGAACACACCCGCCCAGAUCGCGAGGAUCACGUCGUGAUCGAGAAGCACAACAUCAUGGUCGGUCAGGAGUACAACUUCAACAAGUUAACUGAUGAUGAGGUUAAUUCUUUGGGGCAACCGUAUGACUAUUACUCCAUAAUGCACUACGCCAAGAAUACUUUCUCCAAGGGAACCUAUCUAGACACGAUACUCCCAGUUGAAAUAGUGGGUCAAAAGCGUCCGGAAAUCGGUCAGCGAUUGCGGUUGAGCGAGGGAGAUAUUACACAAGCUAACCUCUUGUACAAGUGUGCCAAAUGCGGUAGGACCUUUCAAGACCAUUCGGGAACUUUCACCUCUCCAAAUUAUAACCUGAAAACCGUUGAACCCGAGCGUUGUGAGUGGAGGAUAACCGCUACCCAUGGGGAGCAAAUCGUGCUCAACAUCACUGACCUGGAUGUGUUCAAGUCUGAAAACUGUAGAACAGACUACCUGGAAAUACGAGACGGUUACUGGUACAAAUCUCCAUUGUUGGGAAGAUUCUGCGGCUCCGGAAGAAAUGCCAAUUUGAUCAUUUCCACCGGCAGUCGAAUGUUGCUAACAUAUGUGACCAGCUAUCGACAGGUUGGAAUGCGAGGUUUCGCAGCCCAUUACGAAGCUAUUUGUGGAGGGGACAUCGAGCUGGGUGCUAACGGCUAUCGGUUGGAAUCUCCAAACUACCCGGCCGAUUACUUACCGAACAAAGAGUGCAUCUGGAGGAUUACGGCCCCGGAAGACUACCAGGUGGCGUUGAAGUUCCAGUCGUUUGAGGUUGAGAAUCACGACAGCUGUGCGUACGAUUACGUGGAAGUUCGUGACGGCGAUGGACCGGAUUCGAGGGAAAUUGGAAUCUUUUGCGGGUAUAAAAUCCCACCGGAUAUGCGAUCGACUUCGAAUACGAUGUUCGUGAAGUUCGUUUCAGAUGGUUCCGUACAAAAAGCUGGUUUCAUGGCAACUUUUAUGAAGGAAGUUGACGAAUGCGAGAUGAACGAACACAACUGUGAACACGAGUGUAUUAAUACAUUAGGUGGAUACGAGUGUGGUUGCGAAAUCGGCUAUGAACUUCACAGCGAUCGCAAGUCCUGCGAAAAGGCUUGUGGUGGAGUUCUGUCUACCAGAAGUGGAACGAUCUUGUCACCUUCGUUCCCCAAAGAGUAUCCCACGAACAAAGAUUGCGCAUGGGAGGUCAUCGCUGCCCCGCAACAUACAAUAACCUUGAACUUCACUCACUUCGAUUUGGAAGGCAACACUUUCUACCAAUCAUCGGAGUGCGACUACGAUGCCGUUACCAUCUAUUCCAGAAUAGGCGAUGAAGCGUUGAAGCGGCAUGGAACCUUCUGUGGAUCGAAAAUACCUCCCUCGAUCACUUCCGAAAGCAACAUCUUAAGGCUGGAGUUCCGGUCGGAUAAAACCGUUCAAAAGACAGGAUUCGCUGCCGUCUACUUCACCGACGUCGACGAGUGUGCCGUCAAUAACGGGGGAUGUCAACACGAAUGUAAAAACACCGUCGGCUCAUACGCGUGUUCUUGCAGAAAUGGCUAUACACUACACGAAAACGGUCACGAUUGUAAGGAAGGAGGAUGUAAAUAUGAAAUAUCCACUGCUUUAGGACAAAUUCAGAGUCCCAAUUACCCCGAUGAGUAUCCUUCCAAGAAAGAUUGCAUUUGGCACCUGACAACAGCUCCGGGUCAUCGCAUAAAGAUCACUUUCAACGUCUUCGAUGUUGAACUACACCAGGAAUGCGCCUAUGAUCACAUCGUGAUCUACGACGGAGACUCUCCGGACAGUCACACCCUGGGUCGAUUCUGCGGCGCCAAACUACCGCACCCGAUCUCCUCAACCGCCAACCAAAUGUACAUGGUCUUCAAUACGGACUCCAGCGUCCAAAAGCGAGGCUUCCUCGCAACUCACACCACCGUUUGCGGCGGCCAUCUCACGGCGACAUCCGAAAUCAACCACAUCUAUUCGCACGUCGGCUACGGAAUGAAAACCUAUGACAACGGCGCCGACUGCGAGUGGACCAUCGAAGCGCAAAAUGGCCUCAAGGUUCAGCUGACCUUCCUAACGUUCGAACUGGAAGAGGAGAAGCAGUGUUCGUACGAUUUCGUUGAAAUAUCCAGCGGCUUCGACGACGUCAGCAGCGGUCAACAAUAUGGCAAGUACUGCGGCACCAGUCUCCCAAUGGACAUCAUCUCCCUGAGCGAACUGGUCAUCAUUAAGUUCUCCUCCGACGAUACUUACGGCUUCAAGGGCUUCUCGGCAGCUUACGUGGCCACCAGCCCACCGGACGACGAAUUCUCCACCGACGAAGAGGGAUCCGAAAGCAGCGAGCACAAUGCCCCCUUCCCCGGGUCGCUCCGGAACAUUUACGUCAGUCCGGAAGAGAUCGAGCAGAUCGAGGAGGACGACGAAGAAGAGGCAAACGCGGAAGACGAAGAGGACACGAACGAGUUCCGGAGGCGUCAUCCUCACAAUCGCUACAAUAAAAAGGUGCAGCUGGGAGUACGCAACGAGAUCCAUUCCUCAGCGUCGUCGUCGUCGGCGGUCGUCGUUGAUUGAGACAUUGUUAUCCAGGCAGGGCGUUAAAUCGAGUUUUGAUUAAUGGCCGGCGCGGUCUAAUUUGAGUCCCGCUUUUGUAGCAAUUGGAUACUAGUUGGUUUGAUUGGGGCGACGCACGAGAACAAAUGCGGUGACGAUAAUCCCAGUUCCUAGUUUGUUCAGACGACGUUUUAGAUUUUGUUUUACUCAACUCUUUUUUUUUAUUAAAUUGACGCCGCACUACUGGUGCGAUAACGAACAAAUUGUGUAGGUAGUUAGAGUGAAUUUAGGUAUCCGAAGGCGGAUAUAGACUGAAAUAGAUUGUAAAUAAAU